AUGGCGCGUGGCCAAAUAAUACAAUUGACGUUCGCGGUAUUACUUGUGUGUUUGCUGUUUUUGACGUUUGAGGUGUACAUAACGUUUCGCAUGACGCCUUCAACGCUCGCCAAUCGGUUACAGGGGUGCAACCAUAACGAUUUGACGUCGAUGGAUCAAGCCAAUCUGCCAGCCAGGUUCGUGUAUAUCCAAUCAAUGAUGGACAGGCAACAUGAACUCGACUUAAAUUCGGAUAUUUCAGGAAUGUCAAAUGACAAGACCGAUUUAGAAGGGGCACCCAUGAGUCCGCAAUUGAGAGAAUUUUACGAUGUUGGCGUCAACUACGAUCAUUUGCCAGCAGAUUUCGAAUUCAUUAAUAACCCACAGAGUAUGUGUGUAUCCAAUGAAUUUGGUGGAAUCGACUCUGUGAGUUUCCUCGUCGGGGUCGAAUCGGUGCCUAAGAACAGAGCAAUUAGAUCCGCCAUCAGAAAAACCUGGGCGAACAAAGCUCUAUUAGACAAAAUUUCAGCCCGUUUGGUAUUUCUUGUUGGACUUCCGGAAACUCAAGAAACACAGGACUCACUGGACCUGGAAAGUUUGAAACAUGACGACCUUGUGCAAGGCGGAUUUGUAGAUGAGUACGAGAACUUGACAAUGAAAACAAUAAUGUUCCUUAGGUGGUCGUACCAUUAUUGUCAGUCAGCGGAUUACGUAAUCAAGACUGACGAAGACGUCUUUGUCAACCUUAUGGAAAUAUCCUCUCUGUUAACUAAUUUGCCGCGGACGAGGAUAUACCUCGGGAAUGUGGUCAUGAAAAGUCAAGUGUUUCGUAACCCCAAUUACCAGUGGUAUACCUCAUUUGAGGCGUACCCCGACCAGUUUUACCCAGUCUACAACUCUGGCGCUUUCUACAUCCUUUCAAAGGAUGUGGCCAGAGACUGUUACAAUCACGUGUGGCACCACAGGACCUGGUACAUUUCAUCGGAGGACGCCUUUAUAGGAAUAAUAAUGAACACACUUAAAGUUGUGCCCUACCCAUUUCAAGGGAUCUAUAUUGACAUAUCGCCGGUAAAACACAUCUGUGUGUACGUAGAAUACCCAGUAGUACACCAGACAACAGCAGAAUUACUGUUUCACUACUGGCCAAUCAUCGACAAGAUGGUAUCGUCUGAGGCCAAGACAGCUCGAUUCAAAUCAAAGUGUGUUACUCAAAGAAUAGAAUCGACAAUGACGCUCUAUUAG